UGGAGGGGGCAGAGGGGAUAGUGGAGGGAGAAGGGGACUGACCAAAGGAGAGAGGAAGACAGAAGAGGAGAUAGACGCGCCUGUGGAGCCCAGGAGAGCAGACCCAGGACUGAGCUUCGGAACUGCCCCUGGGCCUCCUGAAACCCAAUCACCUAAGCUGACAAGAGCAGCCUCCAGGCGGCUGCCUUAGAGCACUGCCCUCCCAGUGGAAUGCAGCCGCUCCCGCCGCCAGUGCCAGGCCCCCUGGCUCUGCUGGAUACCACAGAGGGCUUUGCAAGGAGAAAGAAGAUCUCUCUGUGGUUUGUGGGCUCUCUGCUGCUGGUAUCCACCCUCAUCCUGACUAUCGGCCUUGCCGCCACCACCAGGACAGAGAAUGUGACUGUGGGCGGCUACUACCCAGGGAUCAUCCUGGGCUUUGGGUCCUUCUUGGGAAUCAUUGGCAUUCACCUGGUGGAGAAUAGAAGACAGAUGUUGGUGGCGGCCAUCGUGUUCAUCAGCUUCGGUGUGGUGGCGGCAUUCUGCUGUGCCAUAGUCGACGGCGUGUUUGCAGCACGGCACAUCGAACCGAGGCCUCUCAGCGCAGGAAGGUGCCAGUUCUACUCCAGUGGGGCUGGGUACUUGUACGACGUCUAUCAGACAGAGGUCACGUGCUACUCUUUGAACGGAAGGUGCCAGCUUAGGGUGAGGAGCAACACGUGCUACUGCUGUGACCUCUACCCCUGUGGGAGCACAGAGCCCUCACCUGCCUACUAUGAAUUUGUGGGUGUGCGUAGCUGCCAGGACGUGACCCACCUGUACCGGCUGCUCUGGGCAUCCACAGUGCUGAAUGUACUGGGCCUGUGCCUCGGCAUUGUCACAGCUGCAGUCUUGGGGGCUUUCAAGGACAUGGUCCCUCUGUCUCAGCUGGCCUAUGGCCCAUCUCCACCACCUCAGAUCCUCUACAACCCUGCGCAGCAGAUCCUAGCCUACACCGGCUUGUGCCCUCCAUCUAUGACUGUGCCAACGUGUUCCUCCUACCCUCUGCCACUUCAGCCCUCCAGCGCCCUGCCGGCCUCGUCCUCUGCUGACCUCUCCCUGCCUGAGGACCCGGAGUCUCCCUCCCAGCACAACUCCAGCCACGGGCACUCUCCUAACGCUCCUCCACUCUGCACACCAGCCUAUUUCCUCCCAGGGGAGAAGCCUCCCCCCUACGCACCCUGACACGGAGGAGGUAGCAGAUUGAAGAGUAACUUGGUUUGGGGUUUUCAGGAAUAGAACAAGACUAAUAAGCCACAUAUAGAAAGCCUGCUUCUGCAGCCAGCCUUGCAGAGAAUCCAGGAAGCUUGGCAAAGCUGUAUGCUUCUCCUGGCCACGCCCUCUGCCAGCACAGGCCAGGACCAGAGCCAGCAGAGCCAGCUGACUCAGCACCAUGGCACCUCUGCUCACCUCGCCCCACGUGCAAACCAGUAGCAAACCGUACGAGACCCCAGCUUCACCACCCACUGCUCCGCUUCAUCCCUUCCAAGUCUUGGUGUGUUCCCGGUUGCUAUUAUCUUGUAAAGGGAAGGUAACCAGGCAUUUCUAUUGGUGAUGAUUGUGCCUUCAGGAAAUGCAUUACAAGUUGACAGAUUUCUUUGAGCAUGUCCCCAAGAAGGGACCGACUGAACCCCUGAGCUCCACUUGUCUGAUUUGAAGGAAACAAGCUUUGAGCAGACAUCCAGAGCAACUUCUAAGAAGCCUUUGAGCUCUGCCUCUCUGCAAGCUCCACCUUUUGGUAGACUCCAGUUCUCAUGCUCACUUCUCCCUGUGGUGCUCUGUUGAUUUGUGGCCACUGGUUUGUUCAUUAAUUAGCUGUUGUGUGGCCACCGGGGCCUGCCUUCCCUCUCCAAGGUCCGUUACUAGCAGGUUGUGGUGGAGGACCAGCCUGUGAAGAUGUGGCUCCUGCGCCCCCUGCUGGCCAUGGCCAGUCUGUCCAACAGCCAUCUCACCAGAGCAAGCUAGAGAGAGCUCCCAGCACAGGUCUACGUGGGAAGGUGACAGGUCUGUCUGUGCAGAAGAUGUGCUGCAAACCCAAGAGCUGCUUACUGGUCCCGAAGUGCUGAGACACCACUGGUCUGAAGGCUGCUUGCUACGCACUGUCUUCAUUGUAUGACAGGAUCUUGGUUCUAUUUGAUGCUGACUGACCUUGGAUCCAAUACAGUCUUGCUUCCCUACAUCCUCCAGGAGCCUCAGCCUCCCUGUGACCCUGGAUCAAUAGCAAAUGAUAUUCAGCCAACAUAUUAUACCAUGUUUAUACUAGGAUAUUGGAUACUUCCUUGGACCACAGUUUCAGAGGCAGUUGUGAAAGUCUCCUUAGAGUUUCACUUGGAGGCAACAGGCCAAAAACCCCUCUGGACUUUGGAGGGACAUUGGGCACUGUUCCUUGACGGGGUGAGUGGCCAGUUGGCUGUCCCCUGCCUUGUAUUUAUCCAGAGUGCACACUUAAGCAGCUCUCACAACGGACGUGCCACAGUGCUGGCAAUGGACGAAGCUGUCCGACAUGCCAACGGAAAGAUUCCUGCUCCUUGUUGGGGUGAGGGUCAGGAAGAUGGGGGUGGCCAGAGGCACAGAGAAGUAUCCUUGAUGAAGAUGCGCACACAGCAGGCUGCUUUUCCCCAGGACUGGGACAAAGGAUACCUCAUCUGCAUGGUGAUUGUUCAGAGCAGAGCCAAAUUCUGGAGGCUGCUGGGAGCAAGGGUUUCCAAGGCAUCAGAGCCUCCUGGUGCAAAGCCCACACUCCCCCCCCAUCUGCUUUUAUAUUGUGGCACUCUAGUUUUGCACUCAGUAGUCUUGUCUCCUGGGCCCAAGGGGCUCUGCCUCUGAACCUCAUAAAGCUGCCCCUAGCGCUUUUGCCGAACAACAAAACAUCGCGUCUGGGUGUAGAGCCCAUGCCCACUGGAGCCAAGAACUAUUAAGAAACAUUGAAUUCUCAAGGUCAACAGUUUUGUUCAUCGCCACAAAUAUGCCUCUCUUCCUCAUCCCUAGCCAGAGAAUGUAAGGUCCUGUACCCUAGUCUCCAGAGCAGCCCCCCACAACCCACACUAAUAUACAGUGUGGGCAGAUACCCACACCCACAAAGACCGAAUGCUUGCCUUUGUGUGGGCAAGACUAGGAAGCCAGCUGGGGCCUGAAUGCUCAGUGGCUCGUCCCUUGAUGGCUUUGCCUCUUUGAAUAUGGCCCGAGGGUCUGCUAUGUGCUUGGCUUCUGCUCUGCUUGGUGAGAUUUGCUUGCGCCCGUUUGUCUUGUCACUGAACCUAUCAGCUGCCUCUGCUUUUGGAUUGAUGGGAGGUGGGGCUGACAGUCUGUGCUAUGGUAGCAGCUCACAGGAGCCUAUGGAGCAUGUAUGUGGUGGGCCAUGGCCCACUGCUGAGAGAGACGGAGCUCUUCUGCCUUAGCAGAUCAGCCUGCUUGAGCUGGAGCUCCGCUUGUACCAUCUCCCAGGUGGGCCACAGAGCCAUCAGAGCUCUGCUUCUCAAGACCCAGUAGCAAUAGCUUGGUGAUGGAUGGCACCUGUCCACAGGCCAAUGACCAGCAGAGGGUGUUCUACAGGGCCUGCCUGGGUCUCCUACUUCUCUCUUGGGUGGUCACUCUACUUGUCAAGUUUGUAGGAAGUCAUUGCCUGUUCUAGACAGGGACCCUGUGAUCCUGGUGUCUCCAAGUAGCUUCCAGUUAGAGCAUCUGGCCUCCCGUUAUGUUUAAAUGCAUGAUCUGCAGGCUUUGUGUGUCUUGGAAAACACAGUGAAACGGUCUGCCCUGAAGCAGUGGUUUCUAAAAGGUGACUUUGCCCUAGGUACAUUAGAAAAAACCCAGAGACAAAUUUAUCAGAGAGGAGUAUGAUAGAGGGAGGAUGGGGUGCUGACAAAGGUCCUGUAUGCACAGGAGGACCCCAGGCCCAAGAGAGCAACCUCCUCAAGGAGACAAUGAAAACAAUACAAAAGAAAUGGUAAAGGUCCUUCCCUAGAAAAAGUGACAAGUCUGCAGCCAAUUCAGACCAUAGGUACCAUCCAAUCCAUUCCACACUGUUCUUUCAAAGUUUGCACCACCCCUCAAAGGGUCCUGGUGCUUCCCUUGGGCUCCGCAGCUUGGCCACCUGGAUUUAGGAUAGGCAGCUGACAGAUGCAUUAUUGCUUUGUUCGGUUAUAAGGCUUGGUGCCAGCCAGGGCUGGUGCUGCAACAUCAGAGAAAAGAGGUGUCUGGGCCCUUCCCGCACAGCGCCGUCUCCCCAAGGCAGAUAAGGAAUGCCAACUAUCUGGCUCCCCCUGCAUGUCUGUGUGCUCUCCUUCCAACCAGCACUUGUCCUACUCUGUUCUUGGGCUCAUGACCUGGAGAGAACUGGGGCUGGUUGGAGGACACUCGUGAGAACAUUCCACGAGAACAUUCCAGAGCUGCCUCCAAUGCAAGGAAAAACCACUGAAGGUCCAGGGGACACGGCCUGACCAGUUGAAGACAGAGCUGAGCCCUAGAAGGCUGUAGGCUUUCGACAGUGUCAUUCCUGUCCUGUCCUUCACCAGAGCUUACAGCAUGCUAGGGCUUAAGAACAUCAGAAGCUCCCCAACUUCUUCCCUUGUGAAGAAACGGCAGCUCAGAGAUACCCAGCAAGCUGCUGUGUUCUUAAAAACAACAACAAAAAAGAGGGGCAGCCAAGAGGCAAAUGGCUGGUAUGAAGGAGAGAUGGAGAUUUACAGGUGCCACCUCCCAUACUGGCUGCCAGGGCAGUUUUAAGAAGGGUUCUGUGUGUGGGAGUUACAGCAGGGCUAGGCAGGACUCUUAUUUGCAGAGUAGAGCGAGGCUUCAGCCCUUGCCAGCAUCCAUGAGAAGAGGCUCCUCGGGCAGGUCCCAGCUGCCUGGCCAGGGACACAGGUCCUAGGAAAGGCCCCUCGAGCUGUGGGGCUGAGGCACAAUGCUCUUGUUACCUGAAAGCAGCUCAGAACUGAGAAACCUCCAGAACAACUGUGACCAACACAGGGUUAAAAAGGUUUCUGUAAAUAUUUUAUUUUCCUUUUUUUUUUUUUUUUUUUUUAGAGUCAGAAGCAUGUGGUAAUAAAAAUAAUAGAGAAUUAUUUUCUUCACAUCCACUCUGCUGCAAGCUGCCAGCCCCCAGCAGGCCUCACGGCUCUGACCAGCCACUGACCUGAUACCAGUCCCAUUAUGUACAGAUAUGUUACAAGGCAAAGAAAGAUCUCAAAAAGCCACAAGGGCGGUAGCCCACCGCUCCAGUGUUGCAGGACCUGUGCAAGAGGAGCCACUGCUGUGUCCUGUUUCCCUUUUGCCUUUAGGGUGGAGAUCUCUCCAGCACGAGAGUCCUAGAGCAGCUUGGGUUAGGGUGUGGCUUGCUCCACAGGUGGGCAAGAAUGGGAGGUGAUGUCACUGUGCUUGUAUGAGGCCUCAUCCAGGUCCAGGACCUUCUGGUUUACCUCCAGGGUCAUGCAUCCACGGUAGAAUGCUGUGACGGGUGCAGAAGUCACUGGUACAUCUGAGCAGCGGGAGAACAAACAGGAGCCAACAUGAGCCCACUCCAGGGCACACCCACCACCUUCUCUACCACUUAGGGCCAGCCCUGCCUAUGUUCUCUGUUGUCAUUCCAGGAUGCAGCCCUGUACAGGUAUAGAAGGUCUUCACCCCUCAACCCCCAGGCAUGCACGCACAUGCUCUAGAGGAGUAUCUUCUCAUCUCCCUUCAUUCUUACUGGCUAAAACUGAACUGUCAAGGCAGAGAGCCUGCUCUUUGCUUAAGGUACAGGCCGUGCAUACCUCCCACCUGGGGGCCUGGGGAAGCAGGAUGCUGGUGGUUACUCUUGCCAGCUCCCCCUGGUAGAAGGAAGAAGGGCCGGCAGCCACUGUCAUCUACUAAGGAGGCAGAUGCCUGGUCGUGGUCACUCCUGUGUCUGAUCUCCUGGGCUCCCACACAACACCUCUCAAUGGGUGACUCAGCAAUGCCAGCCCGGAGGAACUGAACUGAUGAGGCCCUUCAUUUCAACCCUAGCACAAGCCAGUGGAGAAGUCUCCCUGCAUGGAUGGUUGCUAUAACCAGAACCCUGUCUCGUGGCACUGGCAUAGCUCGUGUGUGAAGCCAGUCGGCCAGACUGGCUCCAGGGAUGCCCACUACCGCAGCUAGACCAGAGAGCUCUUGCCUGGCAGGCCUCCAACGAAGGUGAGCACAGAGCCUCGAAGGUGUGUCUCAAGUACGGCCAGUCUCUCCUGCAGCUGGGCAGCGCUCACUUCGCUCUGGCCUUUGGUACCAUCCACUUCCAGGACGGCCUCACCGUGCCGCAGGGAGACCGUGACGAUGUGUUCCUGGCUGUCGCACACCUUGAUUUCCAUCAGUGCCAGGGCCACAUCCUCGACUGCCAGGACCACCAGCUGCAGGGAUCCAGAAGCACAGGGGGCACACAGGGGUCAGCGCAUCCCAGUCAAGGCUGGCCCCAUAGGCCAGCUGUCAUGUCCUCCCCCAACGCUACCCUUUCUGAGUGGGUAGGGCUACCAUGGCUCGGAACACUGUGCCUUCUCCUACCCUGGGGCUCCGUUUCAGUGCAUGAAAUCUGGACGGUGAGAGGAGAGGGCUCUUACAGAGGACUUGGGUUUUCUUCUAGUAUCCACAUUGCUCUCAACUAUCUCUAACUCCGGGUCCACAGGAUCUGCUGCUUUUGCCUGCUCUCCGUAGGCGCACAGUGCACAUACAUGCAAUGUAGCCCCCCCCCAAACCAUUUAAAGUCUCUGGGAAACUGUGAGGGCUUGGGUCACCCCUACCCAGCCUGAGCUGAAAGGAAGUGACAGGAUACACCUGUAGCCCUGUGGUACCAGCACUGGGAGAGAGCACACUGCCUGCCUUCCCUCGGGCUGUUCAUCACGCACGCUAUGGGAGGGGCAAGAUGCCUGGGCCCCUUGGUGGGAUGUAUCAUGGGAAUCAACCCUGUUAUGGUUAGUAAGUAGCCAGCAGGGCGCUACGGCCUGGCCCGGGGGAGAUAGAAACCCUCUUGUCUGACUCACUUUCCUCUUUGAAACAUGGAAGGUUUUCCUCUCUCAAAAGUCUCAUGAUCCAUAAGAAAAUAGUGGGGGUCAGUGGCUUGGCAUGGUUGCCUGGCUGGGGAAGCCAUGGACAGAGCUGGAGUGGCGGUUCUGCCUCAGGGGCAGGUGAAGUCAGGACCUUCCCCAGCAUCCCCCACCAGUCUUGUGUGACACGCUGUCAGAGCAUAUGGCUAGGCUAAUGGGUCUGACUCUAAAAGAAAGCUCAACGCUGCUAGUGACGCUACCUGACUCUUUCACUGCUCCUUGUGGACACCCGGCACUUACAGUCAGCAGUGGCUCGCUGCCAUACCAGCCACCUUGGCCAGUAGCGUACAUUGUGCCUGGGUGGCUGCCUUGUCCCCAAAGCCAGAGAGGACUAGCUGUGUGUUAUUCAGGCCUGCUUAGAGACUCUGGGUCUGGGAAGGAGUCUCCAGUGCAGGGAGAGGGGGCGAGGCCUCAGGACCUCUCCUGGCUGGUUGGGGCUUAGCACAAUCGGCUCUGGAAAACAAUGGGAGAUACUCGGGGCUUCCCCAGGGGCCAGGCUAUGCUAGUUAAAGCUGGGCCCACGGUCUAGUUGGUUCUGGGGCUCCAUUCAGGCCUACCUGUUUCUUGAGCUUCUUUGUAGAGUGGUAGUCGACCAGGGCCACAGAGAGGGGGACGACAUCGCUGUCACCCACCAGCGCUAGCAGCACCCCUGUGUCGGUGGCAGGGCGGAUCCGAGCCACCACUUCUACUUCCCAGGUGGUCUCCGUGCCGACAUCCAGCGAUGUUCGGGCUGCAAUGAAGGCGGCACAUUACAAGGCAGUGCAAGGGGCAGAGAGGCGCAAGUGAGGAGCAGCUCCGACCGACCGGAGAGCCACGACCAGCUCUGCACGCUCUAGGAGGGGCCUCCCAGUGAGAAGGUGACUGCGGAGUGUGCAGCCGGGCUGGCCCCUAAGACCAGCCAGUGUCUCAACAUGCGGAUGGAGGGGAGAAGAUCAACAGUGGAGGCUGUUGACAUGUGGGUAUGGCGGAUGCCCGGGUAUGACUGCUCCCCACUUCCAAGUGCCCUGUGGGUGCUCUUCAGGUAACAAAGACCUAUGGAGCCAAGUGCAGCACCGAGGGCCAUCACCUCCUUGUUUCCACUGCUCCCCUGCCGAAUUCACAAGGCACCGUGCACAGCUACAGCCAAUGUGCUAACCUCCCUCCUGCUAGCUCCAGGAGCCUGGACGGCACGCAGAUUGGCUGGAGAACUCACGGGCCACACCCGUGUGUGGAUGGGAAUGGAUGCUGUGAGCUGCAUGGCUCCAGAGGGCCCUACAUGCGUCUGUGGCCUGGGCUUAGCCUUCCAGAGCCUCAUGGGGUGAACUUAUACAGCACACAGGUGCCUCAUGUCUAAGAUGCAGCUGGGUGACCUUGAUGUCAUGUGUCUUUAAGGCCAUGCACAGGAGGAUUCUGGUUUUCUCCAGGUAAACAGCUCAUCUCUCUCAGCACUCGGAGGAGGCAGGAAGAAACCCUCAGCCUUAGAUGUAAGCCUAUAUACCUCCAUUCAAGGGCUGCUCUGAGUGAAUCAGGGCUGGCACAGACGUGACCAGACUCAGCGCUCCCUGUGGUGCGUGAGGGGGCUCUGAGGCUGGCCUGGUCUCCCCUCCCCGUGCACAGUCCAUCAAAUCAAGCACUAGAUGAUAUCCACUCAAUAGCUUGCCGAGUCUAUGAACACAGAGUACAAAAAGUAGGAAUAAAAACUCAUUGUGUGGAUGGAAGAAGCCAAGUGCAGCUUGCCUGGCAGGAGCUUAACGAAGACGCCAGACCUUCCUUACUCUUCCUCAGAACGUUAGGGGCCCAAAAGGACCCCCAGUGACUGUCGUAUUUUAAGAAAUUUUGGGCUCUUGUUUAAAGGAGCCUAAGACCUGAGUGCCCGGCCUUGUGCCUCAUUGGCCAUCCCCAUGGGCCAGGUAGAUAACAGGUUCCAGGACUGGCAUGUUCACUCACAGAAGAGGUACAAACCCCGUGUAUCUGCCCUCUGCUACCAUGUCCUUGAGACACACAGUAGGACACACUUUUGUCAGCCCCCUGCCUGCUUCCUCUCCAUAUGGGCCUGAGUACCUGAGAGGGCUCUUUCCAAGGGUGGUAAAGACUGACCCUCCUGUCUUCAUGCUAAUCCUCUUCCCACCUCUAAACCUUCUCUGAUUGCUGAGCCUCAUGAAGUCAGUGGCCAGCAAAGGUCUGACUCACUUCUGAGCAUUUUCACACUCGUUCAGAUAUGUCCAAGGUUGAUCUUCCAGAUUUUCUUCCACAUACCCAGCAGGCCUACCCAUCUUUUCUCUCCUAGCUCUUGGACCAUGCCUUCAUCACUUCCUCUCCCAUGGCUGACUCUAUGUGAAGGCCAGAGAGUAGGCCUGGCUGCCCUGCUGAGCCCUGCUCCAGCCUGUGGGUAGCCGGCUUGUCCCUGGCACUCAGUGAGGCAGGAACUAUUCAGGCAGACACUCUGCUUCAGGCUAUAGCUGACUGGGCAUGUCCCCCCCCCCCACAAUAGCUUCACUUACUGUAGUUGAGGCUGUAGAAGGCAAAUGCGUUCCCAGGGAAGAAGGAUCCCCUCUCGGUCACGGAGAAGCACUGCAUUUUUGUAUUUGCCUUUACUGUUUCCUGGAUGGCGCUGUCCUCCCCAUUCAGCCAGUUCCAGCUCCUCAUGCACCCGUCCAGGCGAGGGUUAAUCUGGAAAGACAGGGAACUCCUGGUGGCUUCUUGACUAGGACACUGAAAUGGCCGACUAGAGGAAGAGAGGUCACCAGCCUAGCACUACAGGACCUGCUGGCUUAGGAGUGUAAAUCUGUGCUAUAAAUAUGAUAUAGGGAGGCCUUUCGCAGAAGAGUGCUUCACUUUUGAAGACACCUCAGGACACCCAUAUCCACACAGGAUGAGAACAGGAGGCAGCCAUCUGCCCUGCCUGCCCGGUCUCCCCACUGUGCUGCAGGGACAAGGUACCUGCCACCUGACUGCACAUUUUAUUGUGGCUGUGCCUGUCCCUUACUCAGGCCCACACAGCAUAGCUACAAAGUCAGCCGGGGCCAGAGGAUGCCAGUCCCAGGCUGACCACACACCCACUGUGUGCGAGCUGUUACAUAAUCAAAUCACGCCACCCUCAUCUUAUGGCUCGUGGAAGAUCUGCAACGGUGUGUGACGUCAUACCCCUGGGACUGUCCUGAAGGAUGCGUAAGUCACUAUCAACUACGAAGCAGGUUUUCUAUCUUCAGUGGGUGUUUCCACCCCUAAAACAAGGGUUCUGACCACUGAGCUCAGAGACGAGAAGCCAAGGCCCGGUGUGGCGUAGGACAGAAAGAAACAGGACUUUGAAAAAUGACAUGCGCCCCCCCCCCCCCAACAAAAA